AUGGGCAACCAUGAGUCUCAUUGUUCACUUGAGGCUGUAAGUUAUGCAAAAGAAAAUGGUAUUGUGUUGGUAACAUUUCCCCCUCACUGUACACAUAAGUUGCAACCACUUGAUGUUGGAGUAUUUGGUCCAUUUAAAACAAAACUUAAAAAUGCACAAAACGACUGGCUUACUAAUAAUCCUGGAAAAACUAUUAGAAUUCAUGAUUUACCAAGCCUAACUAAAAUAGCUUUUGUAGAAUCGUUUUCAGUAAAAAAUAUUGUUAAUGCAUUUGCCAAGCCUGGGAUCUGGCCGUUUUCAAGAUUAGCAUUUAGCGAAGAUGAUUUUCUUGCAGCUUAUGUUACAGAUAGACCUGACCCAAAUUCCACUCAAACUGAAAAUUUACAAAUUCAACCAGAUAUUAGUUUUUCAGGCAAUAACCAACCAAAUGAAAAUGUAUUUGAUGUGAUAAAUUCCCAAACACAAGUUCCUACUUCUACUGAUCUUUUAAUACAUUGUAUUCCUGAACAAUAUUGCACUAAUAUUAAUGAAAAUCCUGUGACAAGUGUAGAAUUAGAUUCAUCGAUACAUGAAGAAGUUAUAUCACCAGAACAUGUACGACCUUUUCCUAAAGCUGCACCUCGUGUUGAAAGAAAAGGGUGCCGAAAAAAAGGAAAAGCUAGGAUAUUAACCGAAACUCCAGAAAAAAACCGAAUUGAACAAGAUACACAUGAGAGAUUAAAACGGAAACAUCCAGGAAUUGAUAAAACAAAAAACAAAAAGAAAUAUAACUCACAACCAAAUUUAAGUACAUCUAAAAAAGUGAAAAAAAAUCCUAAAAAGAAACUCUUUAGUAUUGAUUCUGAUACUGAUGAAAACGAUACUCCUAUGAUUUUAUUAAAUGAUAAUUCAGAUGAUGAAGAUUUAAAUUGUCCUGUUUACUUUGGGGAUUUUGUAUUGGUUAAGUAUGAAGGUAAAAAAUUCUAUAAAUAUUUUGUUGGUUGUGUUGAAGAUAUUAACAAUGUAGAUAUCACAGUGUCUUUUUUGAAAAGAAAAAUAGGAGAUACUUUUUACUAUCCUGCAGAACAGGAAAUUGAUAAUAUACCUCAGAGUUUUAUAGAAAAAAUUUUGCCAAAGCCAAAACCUGUUGGGGGCAGUGAACGAUCUGCUUUUUUUCUGAAAUUUGAAUGUAUUGACUUUACAAAAUACAAAAUGGGUUAA